AUGGCUCAAAGUUCACAUGGGGGAAGCCAUCGGCGGCAUAGAGAUCACGAAGGGACAAUGCGAUAUACAAAUACAGAUUGGGAGGCAAAGGAAGCUCUCUACCAGCGGGAGUUGGACGAAGCUCGCGCUAGAGCAUCACAAAUGGAGAAAACAAUGCGCUGGUGGUCUGACUGCACCGCAAACUGGCGGGAGAAGUGGUCUAAAGUACGCAACGAACGUAAUAAAGCUAGAGAAGAAGCAAAGCAGCUAAAAAACAAGGUUGACAUACUUACAAAAGAACUAACAACAUUAAGAACUGAAAAAAAUGAUAUGGAACAUCAGUUAUCAGAAUUGAAAAAAGAUAAUGAAAAACUUCUGAGUAUUGGUGAGAGUAGAAUAUUAUCAGGAGAUCUAACAUCUGAAGAUGGAGUGGAGCUGAGGAGGAAGAAUGUUGGUUAUGUGUCUCCUAAUGAACCAUCAAUGAGACAAAGAGCUUCUCUAGACUCUCAUAAGUUUUCUAAUGUUGAUAAUGUUCUUGCAAACAAACUUAGUGAUUUGAGAUUGCGAUUAGACGAAACAAGUAAAAACUUGCAGAGUGAAAAGGAUCAGAAAGCCUUAUUAAUAACAAAAAUAGAAACAUUAACAGCAGAAUUACAUAAUACAAAAAUGGAACUCACACAUAGUGAUAGAACAUUAGGAUCUACAGAUUCUAGUCAUAGUGAGAUUGAGAGACUGCAAAAUGAACUGCAAGAUGAGAUAGCAGCUAAACAAGUGUUGGAGGAAAAAAUUGCUGAAUUAAAAAUGGAAAUUGAAAGAUUAAAAUCUGAGAAUACAAUACAGUGGAGUAAGAGGGAACUUUUGGAGACUGAGAACAUAGCAAUUUUACGUGAAAAUAAAAAACUGUACAGUCAAGUCUGUGAGCUGAGAGAGCAAAUACACAAGUUGAACAGAAUAUCAGAUGGCAGUAAUUAUGGUGUAGCGUUCACUAGUGAUCACAACAUAACGGUGAGUUCAAAUGUGCUAUAUGCCAGAAAAACAAGCAUUAGUCCAAGAUCACAUGAAUCCAGCAAUGGCUCAUCAGAAGCUAAUCUUGCUCAAUUUGAUACAAAAACUAAUACUUCUGGUGAAGAUGAUGAAUUGGCAAUUGUGGAAAGAAAUGAAAAUUGUUGA